AAUGCUGCUGCUAUUAGUUGUAUGCAUAAUUUAUGGUUCUAAUUAAAAUGGCAAACUGUCUUUGGGAGUAAAACAAUAACUAGAUUUUGGUGGGGCCGUUAACUUAAACUGUAGAAGUGAAUCCCUGAUUUUUUUCUGGUAGCUGCUUUACCUCACACAGUUGAAAGAACUCCAAUUAAUUCUUUUGGAGAAGUUUGUAAAGGAUAGUUUCAUGUGAAUGUAAUUUUCUGGUCCCAAACUGUUGACCUUUCACUUCUCGUAAACAGAAUGGAUCAAGAUGCUUUAGUUGACAAGGACUUCCCCCUAUUUUCGAAACCCACCAAACGCUCUAAACCAACUGCCACAACCAGCACCAGCACCACCGCCCAAAACAUUGAGGCAAAAACCCGACAUAUUGAAAAAUCAACAAACCUUGACCAUGAUACUACCACCGCCGCCACAUUUGCCAACCUUGGCCUCGCUGAGUGGGCAGUGCAGACCUGCAAAGAGCUCGGAAUGCACAAACCCACACCGGUGCAAACCCACUGCAUACCAAAAAUCCUUGCAGGCCGUGAUGUACUCGGUCUUGCACAGACUGGCAGUGGCAAGACUGCUGCAUUUGCAUUGCCUAUCCUGCACCGCCUCGCUGAAGAUCCCUUUGGCAUCUUUGGGUUGGUGGUGACACCAACGAGGGAGCUUGCAUACCAGUUGGCUGAGCAGUUUAGGGCGCUUGGGUCAUGCUUGCAUUUGCGGUGUACUGUGGUUGUUGGAGGAAUGGACAUGCUGAACCAGGCAAAGACUUUGAUGACGAGGCCACAUUUGGUGAUUGCAACUCCAGGGAGGAUCAAGGUCUUGCUGGAAGAAAAUCCUGAUAUUCCUCCCUUGUUCUCCAAUGCUAGGUUCUUAGUUUUGGAUGAAGCAGAUAGAGUUCUAGAUGUUGGAUUUGAAGAGGAAUUGAGGGUGGUCUUUAAGUGUUUGCCAAAAAAUCGGCAAACUCUAUUAUUUUCUGCAACAAUGACAAGUGAACUGGAAGCACUUCUUGAGCUUUCUGCAAAUAAGGCAUACUUCUACGAGGCAUACGAAGGCUUUAAGACAGUUGCCACUCUAAAACAGCAGUAUAUUUUUAUUCCUAACAAUGUGAAGGAUGUUUAUCUAAUGCACAUUUUGUCUAAAAUAGAAGAUAUGGGUGUUCGGUCCGCCAUCAUAUUUGUCUCCACCUGCAGAAGCUGUCACCUUUUGAGUUUAUUACUGGAAGAGCUUGAUCAGGAAGUAGCAGCAUUACAUUCUUUUAAAUCUCAGUCUCUAAGGCUUGCUGCUCUACAUCGAUUCAAAUCUGGACAAGUUCCUGUAUUGCUCGCAACUGAUGUUGCCAGCCGUGGUUUGGAUAUUCCUACAGUUGAUCUUGUUGUAAAUUAUGAUAUUCCUAGGUACACUAGAGAUUAUACCCAUCGUGUGGGGCGUACGGCAAGAGCAGGCAGAGGAGGGCUGGCUGUGAGCUUUGUUACCGAGAAUGAUGUUGCUCUCAUUCAUGAAAUAGAAGCUGAUAUUGGAAAACAGUUGGAAGCAUUUGAAUGUAAAGAGAAUGAGGUGCUUUCUGAUAUUACAAAGGUUUACAAGGCCAAACGCGUGGCAGUGAUGAAGAUGAUGGAUGACGGCUUUGAUGAGAAAGAAAAAGAACGCAAGAAACAAAAAUUGAAAACUCUAGCAGAGAAAGGAUUGUUGAAGAAAAGGAGUAAAAAGAGAAAAAGAGAUAAAUCUACUAAAUAGGUUGAAAAUUGUAGUUUCACCUUUGUAUUUCUACUAAAUCAGUGAGUGACAACUUAUUCGGAUGAGUAAUAGAUGAGAGUUUUAUAUAUGAGCCCCCAUUUUGAAAAUGUCAAUAUAUUACAUUGUUUUCGAUAGAACAUUAGCUCAAUUUUGAUUAUGACCAAAAAAUGAAAUAUAUUGUCUAUAUUUAUUUUCUUA